AUGGAAGGCCUUGACCGUAGCCUUGACGAUAUCCUUGGGGAUCGCAAGCAGAACAACAGCAGAGGUCCUCGCGGUGGUGGCAAUGGCCGUCGUCGCGACAACAGAUCUGAUUAUCCCCGAGAUGGCGGCAGAAAGUCCUUCAGAGAUGACGCGCCGCGCAACCUUGACUCCGAGUGGGUGCACGACAGAUACGAGGACUAUGGUAGUCGCCGCUCCAGUCAUAGACGACGUUCCCCUGAGCCGGCAAGUGAUACCAGAGCAAGCAAGCUCCGAGUCGACAACAUCCACUACGAACUGACCCAAGACGACCUCGAGGGCCUCUUCUCCCGCAUCGGCCCCCUCAUCUCCCUGGAGAUCAAAUACGACCGCGCCGGCCGCUCCGAAGGCACAGCCUUCGUCACGUACGAACACCCACGCGACGCAACCCAAGCCAUUCGCGAAUUCGACGGCGCCAACGCCGCCGGCCAGCCCAUCCGUCUAACCCUCCUUCCCAGCGGACCAUCGCGUCGUGCCGGCGACAGGAGCAAUCCCUUCGAUUCUGGCUCCACCGGUGUUAGUGCUGGUGCCGGUCGACCGCUAGCAGAGCGGAUUACCGUUCCUGGCCAGGGCCGGUCCCGGUCGCUUUCGCCGCGUCGGGGGGACAGGGAGUCGGAUGAGGAGGCUGCGAGGCGCGGGGUGGAUCGGUAUCGGCCUAGGGGUGGUGGUGGCGGUGGUGGUCGUGAAUCGGGUCGGUUGAGCCGGUCGAGGAGUCCGUAUGCGGGUGGUGGUGGUGGCCGGCGUAGGGAUAAUGGGGGUCGUAGACAGGGCGGUGGGAGGCGUGAUGGCGGUGGUGGUGGAGGAGGUGGAGGAAGAGGUCGGGGUGAAAGGGGUGGAGGCGGUGGUGAGCGUGGAGAGCGUGGAGGUGGUGCCCGGCCGAAGAAGACGCAGGAGGAGUUGGACGCGGAGAUGGAGGAUUAUUUUGCGGGUGGUAGUAAGCAGGCGGGUGCUGGUGAGGGAGAGGCGGCUGCGGCUGUUGCCCAGGCUCCGCAGCAGGAUUUGGGGGAGGAUAUUGAUAUGAUCCAGUAG